AGGCAGUGGUGCUUUCUUAUGCUACUACUUGUUGCUGUUACGUGUAUUUUUUCUUAUCUUCGUACUUACUUGUACUGGGUGGUUCGCUGUUGCUGCACAUGCAGGAAAACUCUAGCGAGACUUUGAAUAUUUUCUUGGUACAACUCCUGUUUUGUUGUCCACAAGAUGGGUGCCGAUGAGGAUCAGCAGGUGUAUGAUGAGUACUUUUGCUUGCAAGACGCCAACCUAGUGCAAGACGCCAACCUAGUGCACCCUCCACAUGGAAAUGGUGGAAGGGACGAAGCACCUGCUACAGUUGCUAGUACAGCAGGAAGUAGUAACACGAAGACGAACAUUGGAGGUAGUAGCCACACGAACAUUUUUAAGGCUAUUAUUGUCCUCCGUUGAAGCAUCCCUGUAGACUUGCAUCAUGAUCCUUGGUCUCCCUUUCAAGUAGAUGAAAAGGGUUCAGGGAAGAUGGGCUCAGGGAUGCGACGCGGUAGCUCCAAGAACAACGUCGAACCGGCACCCAAAUUAACCGCGUCUGGUUCCAGUCAUGAACCUAGGCCACGAUCUGGAAGCCAAAUCCAGCAAGGACAAAAAGCGUAUCUGGAACGUCUGAAGAGCAUAACGGGCAGGGGGUUACAUACUACCCGCUUCAGCUAUGAAAAGUGGCAUGGAGGAGGAGAAAAAAAUGGCCAGGGGAAAUUUAUUCCGUUUUACUCAACAUCUAGUAUUAAGGGUUCUACUCACACUCACAUUACAUUCUCCACUCACAUCCCUGACUCAUCUUUUCGCCAGUACGAAAAACGUCAGGGAUAUUCUGAAGAAUGCAAUGCUGGGGUAGCCUGUCUAAUAGUACUAGGACAGGCAGCACAGGACCACGAACAGGAGCAGGUCAAGUUGGUCUAGAUACUAGUUCUGGUACGCCGGUUACCAAAACCUUCUUCUUCGACGACCAUAUAACGUUUCCUGAACCGCCGGCAGCUACAAAGCCAAAGGGUAUUACAUCAUCUGCUGAUUCGAGUGCGUCUGCAUCCGGUUCCACUUCUAAGGGUUGUGUCAAUUUGCGGGAUGUCGAGACUGGCGCUUUCAUAGAUUUCCAACACUGGAAGGCCGUGGACUUCAAGACUAUUUUCAAAGCAACGAAGUAUAAAAACUUUCUGCCUGCUGCGGCCACUGGUUGUAGCGGUAGUGCCCCUGCGUCGUCUUCCGGUGCUGCUACGUGUACGUCAGGAGAUGGUCAAAAUCAUGUUGUGAAUUAUCAACCAGGUGGACCUGUAGCAGGAACGACCUCAGGCUCAACCAUCUCUAGUACUUCGGAUUACAGAUUUACGAGUCGAAUCGACGCGAUUGAUCCUGAGUUUUUGUUCUCGGAAAUCCGCUACUCCGACACUUGUGUUAUAGUGAAGAUCGUGAUUACUGAUGCGAUCGCGGAUCCCUUCUACUUUGCGAGGAUUGUGGCUUAUUUUACAGGCGACAACAACAACAUCAUAGUUCAACACGGAAAUUCAAAUUAUGGCACAACACGAUCGAGGAGCAAUAGUCGAGAAACAGAUCAUCUUGUUCAUCGCGACGUAAACAGUGCACCAGCUAAGGAGAACAGUGCUAGAGCAAGGGAUGCAAGUGGAGGUGCCACAGGAAGUGGCUCCUCAUCAGACUGUCACAGUAUGGAACCACCACGCAAUCCCCCAGGACGUUCAGUGUCAAAACAGCGCGAAAGAACCCCUAGCCUCGAAGACGCGAUAGGCGCAGUUGGAGCAUUAGAUCAGACGGAUGGCCCGAUCUCACCUCGUCUGCUUUAUACUUUAAGGCUUCCUGCUUUAUAAAAAUCCAUCAUGAAACCUAUCAAUCUUGAAGAUGGGGACGUUUUCAAGGGGAGGAAGGCCUCAGGAUGCGCAGGUCUUUGUGCGAGAUUCAUUGUAUUGCAUCCUGCGUUAGUCCCUCCGACCAUUGUUUAGAGUUAGUCCCUCCAAUCAUGUUGAGCUCUAAAAACAGGCUGUCCAACAGUGAUUCCAAGACAGAACAAUUCUCUUUGGAAAGUACCGGAGUGGAAAAUGCCUGGUCGUUGUCGGAUUUUCAUGGACAUUAACAAGACGAUAAUGAUAGGAGACACAUCAGUUAAGGCCAGCUUUUACCCAUCCUUGAAAGAUCAGCAUCUGGAAGAGACCGUAGGUUGGUUUUCCCUUGUUGUAUUCUUAGUAUUUUCAUGGGAACAAACAAAAGCGUCGAGGUGAUGCCGGAGCAGAAUUGAAGAAGAAAAUCUCCUGGCUCUAAUUCAGGCGGCAGAGAUAUGGAUGAGGUUUUGCGGGAGGUGAUUUUAGACAAGUGCAUGGUAGAGCCAGCAGGGCUGGGGAGCUCGAGCAGCGCGGGAGGAGACCAGAUCGCAGAAGCAACGCCAAGGGGUGCGGGUGUGGGUAGUACCUUCUUUUGUCAGAAUUUUGUCAACAAGUACAAGUAGUAGAUGAAUGCGUCCACAUGAAUAAGUAGUAGAUGAACAUGAAUGCUGUUUGUGUUUUAGUUUUUUCUCAUCACGUCGUGGAUGUGAUUUUUAUUGUUGUGUAGCUCACUACCCUCCAACACCAGUCCUGCCACCAAAGACGGCGCUUUCAGCACGAAGGCUACUUAGACGAGCUCUGGGCAAACGUGAUUCCAAUCAAACGAGUGCUGUGGAGCGUCUUUUCAAAGACCUUUGUAUCUUACGGGUACAAGAAAUCCAUCAUCACAGGCAUUCUGAGACCGUUUUCAAGGGGAAAAACAAGGUGAUAGGAUGUGUUUCAAAGUGGAUUUCCCUCAGUUCUAAGUAUCAGACCAAAAAAGCGACAUAGAGGGAAUUCGAACUCUCUGUCAACAGGUGGAAUUGUUAUGGCCUUGUUUUUGAAUAAGUAUCUAUCAGAAUAGCUGAACAAGGGGGCUGACUUAGCAGGUUUACUCAAAUGAGAAAAAUAAUUUACGUCAGAUGACCUCCCACUGUUGAGCAUUCAAAGCCGUCUUCAUAUACAGAUGAAGAACGACUAGAUUAAAGAUCCUACAACUGCAUGUUGUAGUUGCUGAAGGGGCUAUCCUUAAUAGCAGCACAAUAUCUUUACUAGUUUCUAACUUUUUCCAAGGCAGUAUGCAGUUCGGCCUUGAUUUCUUAGCGCAUCGCGGCCACUCUUCUUCCGCCAGCUCAACUGGUACCCCUUCACCAAUAGGAAGUCCGAACCUGCACGCUGCUAGUAGUAAACUCUUCUUUGGCAGUGAUUCUUUAGCCGAGCAUGUUUCGAAGAUAGCUGAAAGUGUCAGAAAAUCGCCAAGGACAGAGCAUCAAGUAGCGACUUUUGGCAUGCUACCCUUACCGCCAAUGAGCGAACCGCCUAUGCUUCCAAAUGGAGGAGUGGGGUCUCAACUUGAGGUCGAACAUCCGGGACUCCACAACCAACCUCUCACCAUCUAUCGUGGCACGUCUGAGGAUUUCAAUUGAGGCAACCUCGUCCGCUAAAGUAAGUAUCUUCCGCAAGAACGUCCUUGGCUUCUUUUUCAAGGGGAAAAGGGCGCAGGGAUGGUUUUUUUUUUUUUAGGGCUAGCUCUAAUGCAAUAUGGGAGGAGCAGGCCACCCAGAGUCGCCUCAUGGUUUAGAUUCACGCUCUAGAGCCUCUUCAGAAGAUCAGUCAACUUCAGGAGUCAGCGAUGUCCUCGUCUUUAUGAUGCCACGACCCAUUGAGAACCUAAGCUAUAGGGGAAUGAAUUUCGUUCCACUUAAUCUUAUAGAUAAAAGAAGUAGGUGGGCCCAAAGAAGGGACGGAACGACAUUCCCCUAUCUUCAUCGAUUAGAUCAUUCUCAAGGGGUUCCAAGUGGAAGCAUUCAUCGUCACAAAUAUGUGCUCAUCCUCCUUCAAGAGAAGUGCAGCACAAGCACAAGACGAUGCUGAUGCUGACCUCAUCGAUGGAGCGUUGAAGCAGACGAAAAAAUCUUUAGAACACCAGGAAUUAGAUGGACCUCAAGUUAAGGGUUGAAACAUUUCAUUUUUUUUACAGGUCUUCUCCACUUGAGAUUGCUACUACAUAAAAGUGAAUUGCUUCAACCUUUAAGCAAGGAAGCGCUACUUCUACAACACCUACGUCAGGAGGUGGAACCACUGGAGGUGGAGCCACUAUUAGUUCUUCUACCUCCACUCUAUUAGCCCCACCGCCACCACCACCUCUGAAGAGUCAUCAUCCAAAACCUUUGGCACGUGUCUUCUACGGCGAAAGACAGCUAUUCGAAGCUGCGGACGUUGAGAAUCUUGUCGCCCACUAUCGCGCUCUUGCCGGUGGUCGGGAUCUCGUGGACUCUUGGCAGAACUUGGUGGAUCACGUGGGCACCUCAAAGAACCACUUGCUGAUGUUACACACGUUCGGCGAAGAUGGACCAAAAGUGCUCCGGGAGACCGCACUGCAUCACAAUGUGGGAGACUGUAAAAGCUUCUUGGCAAUCUAGUAGAUUUAGGAGCAUGUUGUAAUAAAAGCGAGUUGCGGCUGGUGUUUGGUUGUUUGGUUGUCCAUAAAAAGAAGAGUAGACCUCGUCUACGUCUUCAGUAUCAAGCGUCAGGAGUAGUUUUGGGGGAUUUCGUGACCUUUACCUGUUUUCUGCAUUCUAAGAUACAAGCAGAUACAUAUUUAUGAGGUUCAAAAAAAUCUGCAGGCGACAACUUCUGAUUCAUGCACUACCAUCUCAUAAUCAUGCUUUCAUCAUUACCAUGUUUGAAGUGAAAUGAAUGUGCUUACUAACAACUUGAAGAAUUCUCAAUCGUAAUUGCUUUGAUGUGAUGAAUAUCUUAGAGUCCUUCUUCUUGUACAACAUGAAAGUGAGACAACUUCUGCUACUUCUUGGCGGGACAGAAAUAUAAGGGAUCGUUGUAUGACAUCUUUUGGCUUUCAACGAAUUUUGCGGGAUGAUUUACCUGCUGUAUAUGUCAGCACCAGUGUACUACAUGUACAAUGAUGUGCAUGUGCAUCGACGCCAU